CUCCUAUGUAGAAUAAAAUUACUAGGCGAACCGAACGCGCAGCCCACCGCAGCUGCGAAACUUCUAUCUGGUUAGUCAAGUCAGAGAAGAGGGAGGGAGAGACAGAGGGAGACAGGCAUCCUUCUAUCUUCGCCGGACGGGACGGGAGGUACACAGGCAGCUGAAGACGAGAGAGACACACACUAUUAAUACAAACAGUAUAACAUUGUUGCUUGAUAGAAGCAGAGCAUCAGUCAUUCUUGUCGGAGCACAUCCACUGAAGCCCCUAAGAUUGAAUCCCUGAUCGCUAGCUAGCUAGCUAGAUAGCUUGCUUGAGUCUGCUAAUAACUAUUAUGCAUUCAGCUUCUUUCACUGCAUAUAAGCCAUCCGCCGUCCUGGCAUCAUUUGCUACUGUCCGCUGGCCUCCUCCUACCUAUGCUCGGCAUCCUAAGACCCACCUGAAGACUUCUCAUUCAAUACGUUUCUCGGCCGCGCUAGCAUUUCAAUCUCAAUCUCGUCUUGGUGCUGCAGUUCGCCGAAAACAGGGGAGAGUAUCUGCGGUUGAGUUUGAAGAAUUUGUGGAGAAGGAUUGGUCAAUUCUUGAUGAUGAUGAUGAUGAUGAUGAUGAUGAUAAGGAUGGUGAGGGAGAACGUCUGCAGAAGAUGGAUCGCAUAGUUGCUGCGGGGAACAUGAAAGAGACCUCAAAGGCGGUUCUGGUUGCAGUGGGCUCAGAAGCAUUUGUGGAUAGAGUGGUUGCUGCAUGCCCCCCUUGCGCGCAGGUGCUGGUGGUGCACGAGUCCCUCUUCAUCUUGGCGGGCAUCAAAGAAAGACAUGACAAGGUCAAAUGCUGGCAGGGGGAAGUGAUAAAUGUACCUGAGAAGUGGGCACCUCUGGACGCGGUGUAUCUCUACUGCCUCCCUGCGUUGCCCUUUGACCUUGAUCGGCUUCUUGCUGCCCUUGGGAAGAAAUGUUUGCCAGGAGCAAGGGUUGUGGUGAGCCACAUGCGGGGGCGGCGUGCGGCUGAAGAGCAGCGGCAGCAGCACCCUCAAGUGGUGCUGUCCACUUUGCCUGACAAAUCGGCGCUACAAAGCACCGCUGCUCGACAUGCUUUUCAAGUGCUGGAAUUCACAGACGACCCUGCACGGUUUUAUCUUGCCGUUUUGACCAAGGAGGCAUAAUGAACUACUCAUGACUUUCUACGCCCGCGUGUACCACAUGAGAGAACAUGAAUACCAUUGUUUUGUUUUGUUUGAUUCAAUUGUACUACUCAUCUUCAUCUUCAAAA